AUGUCAGUGUUUCGAGUCCUCUUAUCUCCAGCCCAUGAACUUAGCGGAUACUAUGAUAGCGAUAGCACCGAAUUUUGCCAAUUCGGCAGUUCGAUCUAUGAUUUCACAUUCAUGGAUGUUGAUAAGAUCCUUCCAUUUAGUAGCACCUUAGGAUGGCAUAGCCUUAACGUUAAUGGCGAGGUUCAAAAUAGGAAAGGCUUGCGGUGGAUACCUAGGCACCCAUAG